GUGUAUAUAAAGAGUCGAGUUUUCGAACUGUUUUAAGUUUUCUUCGCAAACUUUCAAACAAAGAAUACCAAUGUUGUUCAUUUCUCUGACCGUCAUUGUGUUUAUAACUGCCUAUGAUUACGUAUACGCCACUAACAGUUAUCAAUCAGAAUGUUCAACAGCUUGUGGUAAUUACUCUUACGCAGAAAGAGAUUGUGCUGGAUUUUGUUCAGAAAGUGUCGGCUCACAAUCAGCCUUCUGUUAUCUAGCAUGCCAUCAAAAUUCAUCAAGUGUGAAUGAGUAUAACGAAUGCAAAGGAAAUUGCACGAAAGAAAGAGUGAAUGAACAAAAUUGUAAGGUCAACUGCAAUCAUGUCACUCAUAAUGAAGACUUGUGUAACGCUGUUUGUAGUGGUGAUCAUGGAGGACCCCAAGAUCGUUGUUUAUUUUCCUGUGGCAUCAAAUAUCCGACUGGUGCGUUCUGUGUAGGUGGAACGGGCUCAAAUAAUAAUAAUAACUGUGAUUACAGUGGAUAUGAUGAAUGUAAAACGCAGUGCUAUAACCUGGAUGCAAAAUAAAUGAAAUGUCAUUAGGACUCCACCCACGAAGUUGAAACUGAAUCUUCGUCUACUGAUAAAGCUCAAUGAUUUAAUUGGUGUUUACAAACUGUUUUAUCAUUUUCUGUGUGUUAUUCGUUUAACAACAUUAUCUAACUAACUUAUAUAUUAUUAUGUAAAAAUGUCACUUUUAAAUAGACGCUUCAGGUUAUGUAUUUUAAAGUUUUGAUUUCGAGAUUGUUACAAUACUACCUACUGCAUUUGUUAUAUAUUCAUGAUAAUGGAAAUGGUUUUAUUUCAAGCACUAAUUUUGAUGCAAUUUGAAAUUCUCAGCAUGUUAUGCAAUAUUCUAUAAAUAUACAUAUAGAAUACAAUUUCUAACUUUCUGUUAAAAUAAUACAGAGAAGGACAAUGACAACGCUAUAUUAUUGAUUUUUCACUGGUUAAAGUCCCCACUGAAGCAUACAGCUUCAAGUUAGAGGCUUGAAGUUUCAGUGACGGUGCGUUUAUUUUUACAGGAUG